AGUUGGUGAGAGAUCCUACCUCUGUAGCUGUUUUUGCCUACAAUGCACAGCAGUUUUUGAUAAAUUAUAAUUUAGAUGGUAUUGACCUAGACUGGGAGUUCCCUGCCUGGCCAGCAUGGAAGAAGAAUGUUUUGGAAAAGAAAUGGUUUACAUACUUUGUCCUUCAGCUAAAUAAUGCUCUCAAGUUGGCUGCACAUCCUUCUUUCCUCCUAAGCAUAGCUGUAGGUACUCCAAAACCCAUUGUGGAUCAUUGCUACGAGGUUGACCAACUGGCAAAAUAUGUAGAUUUUGUGUCCAUUAUGGGCUAUGACUACCACAUGUAUCAGUCAUACUUACCCUUCACUGGUCACAACGCUCCCCUGGCAGAACGGCAUGAUGAGAUUGGAUACUUUUCCACGCUGAAUAUUGAAUGGGCAACCCAGUAUUGGCUGCAAAAGGGAAUGCCUAAAGAAAAGUUGAUGGUUGGUAUACCCACUUAUGGACGCACAUGGAGGCUGCUGAGCGGUGCAUGGCAUAAUGUUGGAGCUCCAGCAGUUGGGACUGGAAUGUUGGGAGGAUCUCUUACUUACACAGAAGCAUGCAUCUUUGUGAAAGAGGGAGCAACAGCUUAUUUUGAUGAUGAGAGUAAAGUGCCAUAUGCUGUCAGAGGAAGAGAUUGGGUCUCUUAUGAAAAUCCUGCAAGUAUCAGAGCCAAGGCUGAAUGGGUCAAGACUUCAGGUGUGGCUGGGGUGAUGACCUUUGACCUUAAUUCUGAUGACUAUGCUGGCCUGUGCUCAAGGAAGAAAUUUGAACUGCACAACAUAAUUAAGGAUACUUUGUCUGAUAUUCCACACAAAUAAGUAUAUAAAGGAUUAUAUUAUAUCAUGAGUAUUUUGUAUUAUAAAAAGGAUUUCUUAAGGCAUGUCCAGGUGGGAAGACAAGAUUGGCAGGCAUGCCAGAAAAGUGAUGUCAGAGGCAGGCAAACUACCAGUUAAACUCAUUCCACUCUUAAAUUAGUGUAACCAGUAUUUUGCCUGCCUUUGACAUCACUCUUUGGCCAUGCCUGCUCUUUAGACAUGGCUUUAAAGUUUUACAAAUUGGAUUCUUAUUACAGAGAUGCUUACCCGAAAUCUAGCCCAUCAGUAAUUUUUUCAAAAAAUUUGUAGAUUUUCGGUAAUUUGGUGGUACUUACCCAUAAUGAACUGUAUAUGGCAAUAUUUUGACAAAUAUUAUCUUUUCAACAAGAAAACAUAAAAAAUAUCAGAUCUGGAUUACUUUUCUCUUCUCAGCAAAUUCACAAACUUUUUUUUUUUUUUUUUUUUUUUACUUUUUUUUUACUUUACUUUUUACUCAUAUCCACACUCUAAAACAGCAUAAGUAAGAAAAAAAUUGGCACAGACUUGGUAAUGAACAUUCAUGUACAGUGCAGUGAGGUGAUCACAAUUUGCAAUGCAGUCUCGCUCAAUCCAAAUCUCAAUGCAUUCGGUAUAUACACAGUAUUGUAGUGGGCAAGGCUGCCAGUAAUUGGGUUGGUUGUACAAGACUGGCGAGCCUUUUUAUAGUAGUGAAGACAAUCAGAUAUCAGGAUUUUAAUAAAUGAACAUUUUUUCUUAAAAAUCCUAAUUAAAAGAGUUAAAAUUUUAUUAAUUAUGGGCAAAUUGUAAGGUUAACAUCUCUGUUAAUAUGAUAAGUAAAUCCAAAUAAGUGUUGAUGGGUAUGAUCUUUUAUAUGCCUCAACAUAUUAAUAUUUAUACGGUAAAAUUUUAUAUUUAUGGUUGAUUAUUCUUAUAUGAUUACACUUAUACUCUUAUAUUCAGGUGAAUUAUAUUAAGAUAUUACAACAACUUUCUAAAAUAUAGCCUCUUUCAGACUAGUUAUAAUUAGUUGUGUAAUUAUUCUAGCUGAAGAGAUAAUACUUUUUAAGCUUGUAUCCUUUCAGUGAAAAUGAAGUGCACACCUCCAAUCAAGAGAGAUGCUUUAAUGUUGAUAAUUUAAUACAUUUACUUUAAUCAUUGAACAGCCAAGAUUUGAUAUCACCAGUGUGCCUCUUUCUAAAUUCAUGUAGAGUUAAAGAGUGAAGUUACUGGAUUUUGAAAGUGGUAACCCAAUAACCCUGGGUAAAAAAAUAGGCAAGUGGACAUCAAAUCAGGAUUGUUGGCACACAUCAACAGUUUCCCUUGUUACUGCCUGACUUGUUUGGUAGUUUAUGGGCAAUGUUAGGUACCUAAAAGCUUAUA